GGAUUUUAAAAGAUAGCUCCUAUUGUGGUGGCGUGUAAACUGAAUCCUCCACGAUGGAAUGGCGAGUGUGUAUUUUUAUGGUAUAUUGCGUGGGGGUAGGGGUUUCCCCAAUUAGUUUCACCUAGAUUGUCGGCCCAUGGAUGAAAAGGUUGUGAAGGUUAACCCGAUGAAACCCGCAUGGGGUCGAUAAAGGAAUGAAUUGGGAUUUUUUUUAUAAUAGUAAAUAAUUAUAUUCCUGGAGGUUUCACGAGCGUAAAUCAUUUCCCACAGACUCGCGUGUUACAGUAGCACUUGAAACACUCGUAAAAAAUAACAAUGAAACUAGAGGGUAGAAUGUUUACUACCAGUGGAUAGGAUAUACUAAUAGGCCUAUACCUGAAAUUCCAUAUCUGACGAGGAAAGGGUACCUCGACCGGCUCAUAAAUCGGCAUUUAUGAAGACAUUUGACAGGAUCCAAUUCAUCACAUGAGAGAGUAAAAUGGCCCUAAUUCUUCCGCCAGUCAAAAUAGCUCCAAAGUUGGUGACAUUUCUUCCUAAUUUGGGAAAAGGAUCGAGGUUUAGUACAGUUAACCUCCAUAGAAUCAGUGUUAAUUGGAAAAUGAAUGUCUUUUACCUUCCUGUUAUAAAUAGGCUCGUGCGACCUGGACGUUAACUGAAUCCUCUACAUUAGGAUGACGAGUGUGGGUGUGUAUCAUUAUGGGUGACAAAUGUGCAUUUUGUCCAUGAAGUCCUUAAAUGUGGCAUUGCAAACGAUUGAGAGAAAGUGUAUUUAAACCAUAACAUUACGUAGUUCUGAGGGACUCACACGGAGGUCGAUGUUUUGGGAUCCACUGAUCAUUUUUCUCUGAUAAUUCAUUUAUUUUAAUCGGUUUAUCAAACUACGGAAGCAGAAUAACUUUCAAGCUGUAGAUUAUUUUUUCAUCUUUGGAAUAGCAUAUUUGAUGAUGAUACAAGUAGGAGCAAUGAUAUCACAGUCAUCUAUUGUCCUGAAUAACGGAGGAUGUACCAGUGUUGUGGUUUAUUUACUUGUGCUAGCUAUUGAUGAGAGUGUGGAAGAGAAUGAUUACCGGCAAUAAAGCGUAUUUUACAGACAGCGCCAAUUGGGACAGUUCGAAAUUCAACAGUGCUGAAGCUGCUGUCGACAACGAUUAAUUCUGGCAUCAUAGUAAUUUUGCCUUCUUCUGAAUCUUCCGUUCGAGGUCCAGUUAGUAAAUCGUCUUUAUAUCGUCGCUAUAAUUGACAAAUUUGGUAUUAUCGUAGCUUUUGAAUUAUACCAUGAUGGCUUCCAUGGAUCAGAUAUUACCACCCAAUUUACAGUGCCCAAUAUGUUUGGAACUUUUUGAUGAUCCUAAACAGUUAUCUUGUGAGCACACAUUUUGUACAAGAUGUCUUCGUGGUUUGUUGGCAUGCUGUUCACAGAGUGUUGAAGAUUGCCUAAAAUGCCCAGUUUGUCAGACCACGACGGAUGUCGAUGGUGGCAUUGUAUGGAAUCUUAACACAAACGUUCCUCUCAAGUGUCUCCUAGAAGAGUACAGAAGUAAGAAGGGCCUUUGUGGAAUGUGCGACAAAAAAGCAGAAGCCAAGCUUCAUUGCCGUGACUGCGAAAAGGCGAUGUGUAGAGCUUGCCUAAAAAUCCAUAACAAGUGGUCGCCCAACAUCAAGCAUGAAGUUAAUUCCUUAAAGGACAUCAGGAAAGGGAUGGUGGUCUUCAACGAAAAAGUUUACUGUCAAGAACAUAAGUCUGAUGGGAAAGAUCAUGUCUGUACCGAUGUCUGUAAUACUUGCAAUAAGUUUAUUUGUAUGAGAUGUCGGAUGCUGUUUCAUGAAAAGAAAGGUCACUCUGUCAUUGACGCUGACGACUAUAAGAGUUCUAUCCGAAAAGAAAUUGAUUAUCUAAUUGUCCAAGGGAAAAUAAAAACCAAGACACUCAACAAUCAUGUAGCCUAUGUUAAGAGUCAAAUGGACCGUGUUAUUGAUCACACUGACAGCAUACAGGCUCAAAUAAACAAGGAUUAUAAUGACAUGUGUAAGAUACUAAAGAAACGAAAACAAGAACUGGAUUGGCAGCUGUAUCUUCAGAAGAAGGAACUCCGCGAGAGACUAGAAGAAAUGAAAGACGCAAGUGUGAAAAUGGUCCUGAAUAUCGAGAAGGCGAGUGAACUGGCUGGCUACAGUUUAAAUGCACCACUUAAAGGGAUCACCAUUACCAUCCAUGAAACACUUUCAAGUGAAUUAAAGACAGUCCUCGAUACGGAUAACCCAGAACAGAAGCUUGCUCGUGACAUAGCUGAACAGGCUGAGGAGAUAAUGUUUGACCAAAAGAGUCAGUGCGAUCAGCUAGAGAUAGGGGAUAUCUUAUUCGUGAAACGUUGGCUGAAAUGCGACGUUGGUCUCACAAAGGAGAACACCAUCAAUACGAUGGCAGCUACCUCGGAUGGUAUGAUGGCAGUAGGAUACAGUACAGGGGGAAUCGACGUCUUCAAUGCUGAUGGCCAACUGCAGACAACAGUACUCAAAGACGUUAAUAUUCUAGGGAUAGGAUUCCUUUCUGACGGUCGACGUGUUGUACUAUCCACCAGUAAUAUCAUGACAUUGUACACAUCAGAAUGGGAGAUACAGAGCACAAGGUUUCAGACGCUAGCUCUUGAUGAAGCAGGGAUCGCUGACCUCACUAUUGGCGAUGAAAAUCAGAUCUACAUCAGUUACAUGACAGCUAAACAGAUCCAGGAAUUCACAACAGCUGGUGGAAAUGCCAUAAAAGUGAUAUCAUGUCAAGGGUACGAACCUGAGCAGAUCUGCAGCUUUGGGAAUGGGUUCAUAAUAAAAUCUAGCAGUAGUUCUGCCUGUACGGUGAGUGUCGUCGACUGUCAAGGUGUAAUAGAACACAAUGUAUCAGUCGAGAACGGCGCUUUCUGCCAUUCUGCAGUAUGUCGCGAAAGGUCUAUCCUCAUCUGUUCAUUCCAGGCUGAUGAGGGGAUACUCACUGUCAAGGAGCACAAUGACGAGUUGGCUCCAGUUAAGACACUCGUUCGUCACAUGAUUGUGAAACCUAAAAGGCACUGGUUUUACAUUCAACAGUUCCGAUCUGGGGAGAUCGCCUUCUGUACGACAGAGAGGAUUUACAUCUUCGAAUAGUUAAGUCAACCCCCCCCCCCAAAAAAAAAAAAUAAAAAAAUAAAUAAAUGAUGGGUGUUUUUAGCCUUCCCUUCAGGCGUAGCAGUCUCCACUGAACUUGGUUAUAUGUUGAAAAAUAUACUGUAAAUAUCAGUUUUCAGCAAAUACAAUGACAUGAAUCAUUACUAAGUUCAUUGGCUACUUGUUAUUUUGUCUUCAAAGGACUUGUCCAUCGGUGUCUUCAGCCUACAUCAGGAGUUUAGAGACGUUUGUGUUUUCCUUCUACAACACAUCUCAUUAUUAAAUGUUGAAGACCAAGAUAGUAGGUGACAUCGACAUAUACUGUAAUUUAUAUGCACAUGAUCAACGCUGGCUGUUUCAGCCCCCCCCCCCC